UUUUACAGCUAAAAACUUACCUAAACACUUCCAUCAUUAACAUUAACAGGUAGCGUCAGCGGAAGCUUCGUCUGCCUCUUGCCAUCUACAAUCCAAAUCCGCCCAACUCUUUUAACGUCAACUUUUUAGGUACUUUUUACUUUUUACUUUUACUUCAGUCCCUAUCCACAUCACCGUUACAAGCGAACCUCAUUCAUUAGACUUUCGCUUUGUAACGGCGACAUAUCACCAUCUAUCGUAUAAAUUACUAUCUUCCUCAAGCCGUAGGCGCCUCGUCGACGAAGACUUUGCAUUAUCCCAGCGACCCGCCCUGGGCAGUGACUUCGCAAGAUGGGUCAAAAUCAAUCUGGAAUGGGGGGUGCCGGACAGGAUGGAAGAGAUGAUAAGGAUAAGAAGAAGGAGAAGCCAAAGUACGAACCACCACCCCGCCCGACCACCCGCAUCGGACGUAAGAAGAGAAAGGCCGCCGGUACUUCUGCGGCUGCCAAGCUCCCCGCUGUCUACCCUACUAGUCGAUGCAAGCUUCGCUUGCUCCGAAUGCAACGCAUCCAUGACCAUCUGCUACUCGAAGAAGAGUUCGUCGAGAACCAGGAACGCCUAAGAAAGGCAAAGGCCGCCAAAGACAAUACCGGCCCUGCUCCCGAUCUUGACGCUCCCGACCGCAUGGCUGACGAGCGUGGUCGGGUCGACGACAUGCGCGGAAGUCCCAUGGGAGUCGGUACGCUUGAAGAGAUGAUUGAUGAUGACCACGCUAUAGUCUCUAGCACAACCGGCCCCGAAUAUUACGUCAGUAUCAUGAGCUUCGUCGACAAGGACCUACUCGAGCCUGGUGCCUCUGUGUUAUUACAUCACAAGAGUGUCUCUAUCGUUGGCGUGCUUACGGACGACACGGACCCCGCCGUGAACGUCAUGAAACUUGACAAGGCACCGACCGAGUCCUAUGCCGAUAUUGGUGGAUUGGAACAGCAGAUUCAAGAAGUGAGGGAGUCGGUCGAACUGCCUCUUCUUCAUCCCGAGUUAUACGAGGAGAUGGGUAUCAAGCCCCCCAAGGGUGUUAUACUCUACGGUGCUCCUGGAACUGGCAAGACCCUGUUGGCAAAGGCUGUAGCAAACCAGACCUCAGCUACUUUCUUGCGCAUUGUCGGAAGUGAGCUGAUCCAAAAGUACCUCGGUGACGGUCCGCGGCUCGUGCGACAACUGUUCCAAGUUGCUGCGGAAAACGCUCCUUCUAUCGUCUUCAUUGACGAGAUCGAUGCCAUUGGCACGAAGCGUUAUGAUUCCACCUCUGGUGGUGAGCGUGAAGUCCAGCGAACCAUGUUGGAGCUCCUCAACCAACUAGACGGAUUUGACGACCGUGGUGACGUCAAGGUCAUCAUGGCAACCAACAAGAUCGAAACUCUGGACCCUGCGCUGAUCCGACCCGGCCGAAUCGACCGAAAGAUCCUCUUCGAGAACCCGGAUCAGAACACCAAGCGCAAGAUCUUUAAUCUCCAUACGAGCAAGAUGAGUCUGAACGAGGAUGUUGAUCUGGAUGAGUUUAUCAGUCAGAAGGAUGAUUUAUCCGGGGCGGACAUCAAGGCUAUAUGCUCCGAGGCUGGCCUAAUGGCUCUACGCGAACGUCGCAUGCGUGUGCAGAUGGCGGACUUUAGGGCCGCCAGGGAGAGAGUCCUCCGUACGAAGCAAGAGGGAGAGCCUGAAGGUCUGUACUUGUAGUGUAGCACGUAUUAUCUAGAGUCACGAAGAGAAGAUAGCGCUGCGGUUGACGCGCGUCUUCGGCGCUGUAGCGGAUGAAAUAUAUGAUAAUAGGAGAUGUCAUGAUUGUUGCCAGCAUUGUAGAUGUUGCUCCGGCCCCUUCCCC